UCUCGGCUUUUUCAGGUCCCUCUCUACUUUUAACGCCUGCUGCCUGCGUGCAUUUCAAUUCCGCCAGUUCUUUCUAUUUUUUAUUUUCAAAAACAUUAUUUUAAUUAUUAUGUUAAUCAAUUCAGUCCUCCUAUUUUAGUCUUGAAUAAAUUUCAAACCAUUUAAUUUAAACCCUCUUGAUCAGAUCCAAACCGUUUCUUUGAGUCUGAUAAAACCCAAAGCAAAACAGAAAAAAAAAACAAGAAGAAGAAGGAGAAGAAGCUUAUUUUUUUUUUUUCUCUGAAAACAACUUUAACAGUUUUUUUUUUUUUUAUUGCUUGGUUUUGAAAGGCUUGUUUCUCAACAACCUUAAUCUUUUGUAAGAAAUUUUUUUUUAAUUUUUUAGAAUUUUUAACUUUCGUUUUUAAAAAGUCGCUGCUUUACUUUCUUGUUCAUCUUUCUCAAUUUUUUUAGUAAGCAGUUUUGAUUUCCGUUUCUUCCAACAAAAUCCAAAACGUUUCAAUUUUCGUUUUUUUUCUCUUUUUAUUUUCUUUUUCUUCCUCAAAAUGUCUGCUAUGUCGAUCUUCUUCUAAGUUUUUCAGUGCGAGUUUAGCAAGGAUAUUAAUUUGAAUUUCGAAAAAAAAAACUUUUUUGGUUGAUUUUCGGGGUUUUUCUUUCAAAAAUGAUGUUAUCGGCGUCGCCGACGACUUUAGCGAAAAGUUCGCUAGAAGUAAUGUUAGACUCUCUGCGGCGACGAGACGAGGCCGAGAAGCCUAAAGAUUUACCCCCGGCUUUACCAUCCCGGCCCACAUCCAAGGCCCGACUUCCCUCAGCCCGCCGGUCCCUUCCGACGAGCUUAAUAAUCGAUGCUCCCGGAGAAAAUGGAGGGAAAUGCGGUGAAAACGAUUGCGGUUUAAGUGAAGUGAAAGGAAAAGAGGAAGCUAAAAGGAAGGAAAAGCAGUUGGAAGUGAAAAUAACUACUUUUGGGAGCAAGAAAAUGAGGAAAGGUGUCAAUGGGGAUUCACCGUAUAAUUUGGAGGCGGAAAGUGAAGGGGAAAAUAGGGUUUCGGAUGCGGAAGCUGAGGUGAAGAAGGAGGGAGGGAAAGAGAAAGUGGAGUGGGUAGAGAAUGAUAAUAUUGGUUAUUUUAUUAAGAAAAAACUUCGUGUUUGGUGCCGGCUAUCCCAUGGGGUGUGGGGAUAUGGGACCAUACAGUCUACAUCAGGAGAAGAAUCCUUUGUCUCCCUUUCCAAUGGAAAUGUUGUAAAAGUCUCUACCAGUGAGCUCUUACCUGCAAACCCGGAAAUUGUGGAGGGUGUGGAUGAUCUCAUACAGCUUAGUUAUUUGAAUGAGCCAUCAGUUCUUCACAAUCUCAAGUACAGAUAUUCUUGUGAUAUGAUAUAUAGUAAAGCAGGUCCAGUUUUGAUUGCAGUCAACCCGUUCAAAGAUGUCCAAAUUUAUGGCAAGGAUUUUGUGACGGCUUAUAGACAGAAAGCUACAGUCAGCCCUCAUGUUUUUGCUAUGGCAGACACUGCUUAUAAUGAAAUGAUGAAUGAUGGAGCAAAUCAGUCUAUAAUCAUAAGUGGGGAAAGUGGAGCUGGGAAAACUGAGACAGCAAAAUUUGCAAUGCAGUACCUAGCUGCCCUUGGAGGUGGCAAUGGUGGGAUAGAGUGUGAAAUCCUUCAGACAAAUUGUAUACUUGAAGCAUUUGGGAAUGCUAAGACUUCUAGGAAUGACAAUUCUAGCCGAUUUGGGAAACUCAUUGAAAUUCAUUUUACCACGUUGGGGAAGAUAUCUGGUGCCAAGAUCCAAACUUUUCUUCUGGAAAAGUCAAGAGUAGUUCAGCUGGCUGCUGGUGAAAGGUCUUUCCAUAUCUUUUAUCAACUUUGUGCUGGUGCUCCACCAACUCUAAGAGAGAGGUUGAAUCUUAAAAUGGCUAAUGAGUACAGCUAUCUUGUCCAGAGUGACUGCUUGGUGAUUAAUGGUGUUGAUGAUGCUAAGAAAUUCCAUAUGCUUAUGGAAGCCUUAGACAUUGUUCAAAUUUGCAAAGAAGAGCAAGAGCAAGCAUUUGCAAUGCUUGCCGCAGUGUUAUGGCUGGGAAAUAUAUCAUUUCAAGUAAUUGACAAUGAAAAUCAUGUGGAGGCAUCAGCUGAUGAAGCUUUAACCAGUGCUGCCGGGCUGAUGGGUUGUGCCCCACAAGAACUGAUGCAAGCUUUAUCUACCCAUAGAGUCCAAAAUGGCAAGGAUAGUAUUGCUAAAAAAUUGACAUUGCGACAGGCGAUUGACACAAGAGAUGCAUUGGCAAAAUUAAUCUAUGCAAGCUUGUUUGACUGGCUUGUGGAACAAAUCAACAAGUCACUUGAAGUGGGCAAACGGUGCACUGGAAGGUCCAUAUGCAUCCUUGAUAUUUAUGGGUUUGAGUCAUUUAAGAAGAAUAGCUUUGAACAGUUUUGUAUAAAUUAUGCAAAUGAAAGGUUGCAACAACACUUCAACCGGCACCUGUUUAAGCUUGAACGAGAGGAUUAUGAAUCAGAUGGGAUUGAUUGGACUAAAGUUGAUUUUGAAGACAAUCAAGAGUGCUUGGACUUAUUUGAGAAGAAACCGUUAGGGCUACUUUCCUUACUGGAUGAGGAAUCGUAUUUCCCCAAUGCAACUGAUUUGACCUUUGCUAAUAAGUUGAAGCAGCACCUGAAAGCUAAUUCUUGCUUCAAAGGAGAUAGAGGCAGGGCCUUCGGAGUUCGACAUUUUGCUGGAGAGGUACUCUAUGAUACAAAUGGGUUUUUGGAAAAGAACCGAGAACCACUGAACUCUGAGUUAGUCCAACUUCUAUCAUCCUGUAAUGGCCAAUUGCCACAAUCGUUUGCCUCUAAAAUGCUUAACCAAUGUCUGAAACCAGCAACAUUAUUGGAUGUUCCAAAGCAAAGUGUCGUUAUGAAGUUCAAGCAUCAACUCUAUAAGCUAAUGCACCAGUUGGAGAAUACUACACCUCACUUUAUUCGCUGUAUAAAACCAAAUUGCAAGCAGCUUCCUGGCACAUUUGAGGAGGAUCUUGUCUUGCGGCAACUUAGAUGUUGUGGAGUUUUGGAGGUUGUUAGAAUCUCCAGAUCUGGAUAUCCAACUCGAAUGACACAUCAGGAGUUUGCAGAAAGGUAUGGGUUCCUACUGUUGGAGACCAAUGUAUCUCAGGAUCCUUUAAGUAUUUCAGUUGCUGUUCUAAAACAAUUUAAUGUCCUCCCUGAAAUGUAUCAAAUUGGCUUUUCCAAACUGUAUCUUCGAAAUGGGCAGAUUGGUGCAUUGGAGGAUAGGAGAAAACAGUUGUUGCGAGGAGUAAUUGAAGUCCAGAAAUACUUCCGUGGCCACCGAGCUCGUUGCCUUUUCCGUGAGCUCAACAAGGGGGCAAAAAAUAUGCAAUCAUUUGUAUGCGGUGAAAAUAUCCGAAGGAAGUAUGCUACUGAGGCAAAUAGAUGCUCAGCAUUUGCUUCCCAGUUACUUGAUGAGCAGUUAACGGCAGUCAUAUAUUUACAAUCUGUAAUCCGUGGGUGGUUAGCCCGGAGGCAUUUAAAUAACAUGCAUAAUUUGAAACAGUUGAACCAUGAAAGCGUAAAAUCUAGACGAAAGAUGGGUAGGAAGAUUUCUGAAGCAAAGGACAUGCCACAUGAGAAACAAAUUCAAGUUCUGCCUUCUGUAAUGGCAGAGCUUCAAAGAAGGGUUCUCAAGGCAGAAGCGACUUUGGGGCAAAAAGAAAAGGAAAAUUCCACGUUACAGGAGCAAUUACAACAGUAUCAGGCAAGGUGGUUGGAGUACGAGGCUAGGAUGAAAUCAAUGGAGGAGAUGUGGCAAAAGCAAAUGGCAUCACUGCAAACAAGUCUUGCUGCUGCCAAAAAGAGUCUUGCAGCUGACAGCACUCCUGGUCUAGGAAGAGUUGAUAUGGUGUCACCUCGCUGUUAUGAUUCUGAAGAUAAUGCAUCCAUGGGAUCUCGAACUCCUGGUGGGAGUACACCUGUCUUAUUUGCUAGUGCUAUGCCUGAUCUUGUUGCGGGGAGAGAGAAUGGUUUGAGUAAUCUGGUGAAGGAAUUUGAGCAGCAGAAACAAACUUUUGACGGUGAUGCAAAAUCAUUGAUUGAUAUCAGAACAGCCCAGCCAGCUUCUAAUAUGAAUCCUAAUGAUGAACUUCGAAGAUUAAAACUCAGGUUCGAGACAUGGAAGAAGGAUUACAAGAUGAGAUUAAAGGAAACCAAGGCAAAACUACAUAAGCGUGGUCAUCCAGAAUCAGACAAAGCUCGAAGAAAAUGGUGGGGGAAGCUAGGCUCAAGAGCACUAUAGGAUUCCAGUUUAAAACGAUCAUCUCAUUUGGUCCAAGCACUAUGGAGAAUUGUUGCCAAAACGCUGCCUGCUUACAUACUCAGAUGCAGUUACUUUACAUUUAUGGCAACAAUUAUAAACGUUUCUAAAGUCCGCCGACGGCGAGAGAGACAUUGCAUUUUUAUGUCUACCAAUUUUUGUUACUUGGUGGGAGGAAUUUUCUUGUGCAUAGACAAAUAGGAAUUUGUUGAGUUGAGAUUGCUUUCUUCUUUGAAUAGUUUGUGUACAUUCUGUUGUGAGUGAUGUAAGAUCCAACAUUGUAGUUCCUUGUAUACAGAUGAAAUGAGAAAUGUUCAUAUGACUUUCGCUAAAUUAUUAGUUAUUGAAAGUACAUUUUUUUUUUUUUAA